UUUCAAACCCUGGAAAAUCGUUUCAUUAUACAAUUUUUCUUCCAUUUUGCUUUCAAAGAUGUACUAUUCUAUCAUUUUCGAUCUAAAUGGCAACAAUACCAAUAUGAUACUCAAUGUCUCAAACUAACCAAUCAAAAAUGCCCACGUCAUCCAUAAGCAUCUCUAGUAUGACCACCAUCGAUAACGACCCCCCAAAGCCCAUUCCUCUAUUAUGUCUCUAUAUUAUUAUAUACAUACAUUCAAACAAUACUUGGUUUUCUCCAUUGUUGACUAUUUCUUCACUCAACUUCUUUCACAUACACAUAAUUACUUAUUUCAAUUCAAAAUGUCCAUUUUCAACUUUUUGUAACUUUGAUCCUUAUUUCAUACUUUCUUGUCCACAUUUUCACACUCCAACAUAUACAUACAUAUAUAAAUCAGAUUAUGCAUAGACUAAUUCAUUACUUACAUCAACAACUUUGUUUACACACAUAAAAGUAUAUAUUAAGAAAUAUAUAAAGUUGAUAACAAUGACAAGUACAUCGGGAAUGAUCAAUGGUCGUGUUUCAUCUUCGUCUUCAUCUGCGUCUUUGUUUCGGAAACUGAAAAAGUGUCGCGACAACAAGUUUAGAGCUAGUUGUGUUUCCAUGAACCAUGUUGCUACUUCAGACCCAUAUAAGAUACUAAGGAUUCAACCUGGCGCUUCUGAAUAUGAUGUCAAGAAAGCUUUUAGACAGCUUGCUUUGAAGUAUCAUCCGGAUGUAUGCAAAGAAAACGAUGGUGGAAUUCCGUUUCAACAAAUUAAUGAAGCUUAUGAUAUGAUAAUGAGUGACUUGAGGGGUGAAACAAGUGUAGCCAAACUGGAUGAUGAACCUUCGGAUGAUUCGCUAAGAGGAAUGGAUGAUCCGGAUUGGGACAUGUGGGAAGAAUGGAUGGGUUGGGAAGGAGCAGGCAUUCGUGAUUAUUCAUCACACAUUAAUCCUUACAUCUAAUUAAAUCAAAUCAAACUUAUUGUCUACGAGUAUAAGCAUCAAAAUUUGUUUAAUUGAUAUAAAUAUACCACGAAAUUUGAUAUCCACAUUCUAACUUUUAAGCUACUUUCCUUGUGGAUUUAUAAUCCAUCUCCCAAAAACUCGAUUCCUUCUAUCAUAUGUUUCAUAUAGUCUACAAAAGAUAGAAUGUGGUUGAUGAAACUCACACCCCUUUGUAUAUACCAAAGUUUAGUUUCAUGUUUUCUUUUGUAAAUUAUAUGUAAGGUGGCACAUAUAUAUCAAGUCAAAUGUUUGAUCA